UCCUACAUAUGGAGCUGUGAGGCUUUGUGCUGUUCACAGCAGCCUGUGGCUGCUCAUUGGAUGGCUGCAAGACUUGGAGAUGACCAGGUGGACUGCUAAACCAACAACAAUGCUCUGCUCAACUCUGGGAUAGGGUAAUUAGCAGCCCUGUCUAAUACCGUCAAGAGAGGGUGGUUGCCAUGGAGACCGGCAAGCAGGGCUUUGUGAGCGCUCCAGCUCUCAGCAGCUCAGUCUCAGCACAGAGGGAGGACAGGAUGCACGACGUACAGACCCCUCUGCCAACCGUGUACCUCCAAACGGUGGGUGGGCUGCCCCUGUACCCGCAGACGCUGCCGCCCGCCAGCCAGGAUGCCGUCACCCUCCCUCUGUCCAUCUCUUCGCUCUCCUCCAAGCAGGCCCUGCCCCUCCUCACCUUCCACAUCGCCAGCGGGAUGCACCUCCAGCAGCAGGGCCAGAGGUCAGGGACCAGCUCGCCAGCUGCCAGACCCAAGUCCGCUGGGAAGCACGUGUGCCCACACUGCGGCCGGGACUGCCUGAAGCCCAGCGUGCUGAAGAAACACCUGCGCUGCCACACGGGGGAGCGCCCAUAUCCCUGCACCACCUGCGGCGUUGCCUUCAAAACCCAGAGCAACCUGUACAAGCACAAGCGCACCCAGGCCCAUGCCCGUCUGUCCUGUGAGUCUGAGAAGGGCAGCCUCAGCAGCCAGGAGAGCGUGCCGUGCUCUGGGGAUUCACAAUCCAACAGCUUCUCUGUGGGGGGGCAGAGCGAGGAUUCUGAAAGCUUUGAGAGGGAUGUUGGUGCACCUGCAGUGACACUUUGCACCACCUCUGCCCCAGCCCAGGCCCCUGCUCCACUGGGGAAGAUCGGGUCAGACACUGGAUGGGCUUUGCACCAGGCAGCAUUAGUUGGACUCAUUCUUGCCCCUGUGAAUGAAAAUCAAGAAAAGCUGAGCUCUAUAGCCCGAAAGACGGAGCCGUCAUCUGACCUGGGGACUGCCUCUGUGGCAAAAUCCAAACAAACCGAGCAAGAGGAGCAAAGGCCGGCAGCCCUGACGCCAAAUCGUCAUCUUCCCCUGCAGAGGCAGCAGGCCACUUUCUCCAAACAGUGGGAGUCCCGCAAGACCAGAGGCAAGUCCCAGAGCCACGACAGCACAGACUCCGGCUUCUCGGACAGCAGCGAUCCGCACUGGACCUCCAGCCCUGGCAGCACUCUGCAUGACCACAGCAUGGAGUCCCUGACAGAAUCCAGCAUGGAGCACCAAGAGGAGCCCAGGCCUCUGGAGGCCCCCACAGACCCUGGUGCUGCCAGCAGUGGGGCCAAGAGCAGGGUGUCUGUGCUGGAGAAGAGGAAACUGGAGGAGAGGAUCUCUAAGCUGAUCUCUGAAAAUGAUGCCCUGGUGGAUGACAAGAGUCUGGAAAAUGUGAGACCACGGAAAACUGUACUGUCAAAGCAGGGCAGCAUUGAUGUUCCAAUGCCCUACACCUACAAGGACUCCUUUCACUUCGAAAUGAGGACAAGUAAGCAGACAAACAUCGUUUCAAACUGGCAAAGCCCAGACAGGAGAGUGAAGCAGACAAUGUACAACUCCGUCCCCACCCAACGAUCCACCAGUUUUGAUCACGCACCUCUGACACGAAGCAGUUCCUUGCCAUUUAGUUUAGGCAGCGUGGGAUUUGAUAAAAAUGGCCAUCCUGGACAUUAUCAAAGAGAGGGUAUAGGGCUGGGUCGAAGAGACAGCUCCGGGCAGCUGUGCCCGGGUGAGUUUGUUAUGAGGUCCGUGGACCAGCAUGCAUCUCACCACCGAUCUCUAGUCAGGCAGUCUGCUGUUGACUGCCAACCUGCAACUGAAGGCCUCCUGGUGACUUCAUCCGUUGAGGAGAGCUAUCCUAGCAGUCUCAGCUCAGAUGGAGACUCCAUUGACAUUGUCAGUGACUCCAGUGGUGGGAAAUGUCGCAGGAAAAAAGCACAAAAAUUCUCCUACAACAAGUGGUACAUGUAUGGGGGUGGGACCUUCACAAAGCUCUAUAAUAUGGAAAAGGGCUCUGACCGUGGCAAACCUAAGAAGGCUAUGCCCUGCAUGGAACAAGAAAAGGUACAGGGGAUUCCCAGCAGGAGCACAGCUGCGCUCACAGAACCCAGUAGUUCAGAAGUAUCCACCACAAGUCUCAGAUCAGUCUCUGAUGGCUUACAAACCGUAUGCCAUCCACCAUGCCUUCCAGAUCACCUGCCUUCUAGCUCCAGUUUGCUUUCAGCAAAAGAGCACAGCAGCCAAGUUUCCUCAGAGCCAUGUCUCCAGAGACCCAUCCUGAAAGAUUUGUCUGGCUCCACACAUCAUAACUUGGUCAGGCAGAGCAGCCUACCAGCCUUUGACUGCACCAAAGGCAGCAGAGGAGAGCCUGUGAAAGAGGUCCAGCAGGAAGAACAGAAUACACAACGUACACCACUGCUGUAUGUCAAUAGCCUUCCAUCAGAAAGGAAGAAGCAGAGGACAGAAAACAACAUGUGCAUGCUGGUGGACAAUAUGCAAAAGCAACCUCUGUCCUCUCUCUGCAGUGGCACUACCCCAAAGCACAGCCACACCACAGAGAGAGGUGACAGUGGCAAGUUACAGGUCCAUCACCAAGAUCAGAGGAUGGACUUCAGUCUUUGCCAUUUGAAUCAGAGAUCAGUACAGCUCAAGGACCGUGCUUCUCUUCCAUCCCUGGUGAAUGUUGGCAGACCAUCUGGCUCACUCACUGUCUCUGCUCGACCUAGCACUUAUUCUUCAACUAAGUCCAGCUUCCUCCCCAAGUACCAGCUCAAGCUUCCCCAUCCUGCAGACCCAGGAUCAGACUCAGAACAGAGCCUCUCUGCUCCACCAAUCACAGAGGAGAGCCUCGCUGGUGCGCUAACCUUGGAACAGAGACUCACUGCUACAUCUGUCUUAGCUUCAGAACAGAGCCACACUGCUGCCUUCACUCCCACCUCUGAACAGAGUCGUAUUUCCACUAACAAAUCAGCUAUGACACACUGCCACUCUCCUACCCCCAACUCAUCUUCUGAACAGGGACACACUGCUCUAUCCAUAUCAACAAACAGACAAACUGCAACACCCACCCCAUCUUCAGAUUUGAGUUGCAUGUCUAUACCCAUCUCAGGACAAACUCAAGCUGGCUCACUUAUGCUAACCUCAGAGCAGAGAGCAACUUUUACACCUACCUCAGCCUCGGAGCUGAGUCAUAGAGCUACACCCACUUUAGGACAAACUUACACUGUUUCACCCACGCUAACCUCAGAACAGAGACAGACUGCUACAUCCACCCCAUCUUCAAAACAGAGUGACAUUGCUAUACCCAGCUCAGUCUGUGUUAAUCUCAAUACAAAUUUCCCAAAAGGAGAGUCAAAUUCUGAGGGAAAAAUCAUAUUGCUGAAGGGUGUAUCGCAUUCUACUGCUGAAGAGACAGACUAUGUCAAAACAGGAGAUAUACAAAUAUUUCUACAGAUCAUUUCUGAAGAGCAGUUGCCGCUCAUGGAAGCUCCCCUCAGCCAACAGGACUCUCAACUGGAGGCAAAUCUUUGUCAGGAUAUUUCCCAGGCAGCGGUGAGGAAUGCUGAAGUAGGAAUACAAAACGAAUUACAGAAACUGAAAACUUGUCAUGACAGACAGUUACCUGCUCAUACCACGCAACAGAGCAACAGCAAAAACACAAUACACAGCAGUGCAGGUUUUAUGGCGCCCAACACAGAAGCACCAGGUACAGUCUCCUACCCAGGGCAGUGUGAGCAGAACCUUGAAAAAUGUGCACAGAAGAGUUCCACGCAUUCAAAUCCUAUCGCUGGAUAUGCCCAGGCUUGCUCUAUAUUACCAGCUCCAACAGACAUUGUUGAACACAGCACGGAGGGCUCAGUACUCAGGCCAGGUCAGAGUCAACUAGACCAUGCAGACCUGCAAAUUCACAAACAGAGUGACUACGGAGACCCCUCAUCGGCAAAGAACUCACAGAGUCCAAAUGAGGAACAGAGUGAGCAUAUCUUGUGUCUUUCACAGGACGCGUGUCCUCAAGACAGAGUAACACAGCAACAGAUCAGAGCUGAAACAGCAGACUCUGUUGCCCUGGUACACAACCAGGCCCCACUACCUUCCUCGACGUCUCCCACUGUCAUAAUAGAGGCCGGAUCACCACCCUCAACGUCUCCCAUUGUCAUGACUGAGAAGAGCACAUAUAUUUGUCCACACACCCCAGGCAACCGGUCAGGGGUAACCAGCCGAUCAGCUCUAGCAGAGGCACACAGAAACACUAAAAGACAAACUUUGUCAGGAAGUGAUGAAAUGAGCUCUUCAGCGAUGCCUUUUCCUUCUACAUCUGCAGUAGGACAGGAACUCCAGGCACUUCCUCCGGAGGUUUCAUUGCUUGUACAGAACAAAGCCGUUAUCACAGCAACAGUACCUCCACAACUUAAGCACUGCAAUGAUUGCUCAUCCUCACAAAGUCAAAUCCUUUCAGUUCAUCAGCUUGAACCAUCUUCCCUACCACAGUCCUCACAUCUGCAGGAUGUCCCACGCUGCCCGGAUGGAAUUCUCCCAUUGAGUAUGCAUCACCAGAGCACAGCGCCUUCACCUGCCCCCUGCAGGACAGAGGGCAUCACUGCAGCUGAGUGGGAAGGUGGUGGAGACAGUUCCUCUGUAUCAUACUUUCCGUCCACUUCAAACCACCUCUUCAGUCGUCCCUGCCCCAGAACUCCAGCUCCGCCUCCUGCCGCCAUCUCCCAGCUCAACACUCAAAUUUAUACACGUGAAGAAUCAAGUCUCGGUCAAGACAGCCAGUCACAGUCAUCAAGAGAGAAACAAGACACAGUGGAUUCAGUCAAAACCAGCUUUAAUCAGACUGAGUCCUCAACGCUGGGGCAAGUCAGUCUUCUCACAGACAUGGGUCAGCAGGCCAAACAUGCAGCUGUGUCACUGCAAAAACACCACCCUAGGUUACAGAAAGAGAUUCAAAGAAGUCCACUGAGUGUGACACAAGAGCUUGCCCAGCAGACAACUUCAGAGCAUGCAGCACUAGUCUCUACUCCCCUGACAGACACAGAGGCACAGCAGAACAAAGCUGAGAGACGUGCACAGGAGGUCCCUGCACACCGUGGCUCUUCAUGGGCCUCUCUCACAGCUCCAAGAGUCAGCCAACAGGAAUUGGUUCCAGCAUCACUCCCAGGCCAACACAAACUCUGCUUGGCUGCUGGAAUCUCUCUCUCUCCCAUUGCAACGGCAGAAAUCAGCUCAGGAAGUGUACUACUGCACGUCUCAGUCCAACACAAACCUCUAAAUCAAAGAGUCCCAUGUAGUGCGGGCAAGCAGAGAACCAAAUGUGGAAUUCAUGAGAAUGAAGCCACUGUAAAUCCAAUCGGCACAUCUGGAGGACUCCGUCCAGGAUGGCCAGCCUCUUCCGUACAGGGAUGUAACAUUUCAGAGACCAUCCCUGCCAGUGUCAGACAGCAUAGCAAGGCUAGCCCGCCUUCUCAUUCACAUAUCUGCUCCAGCCUCAGUGGAAGAGGCCCUCUUCUCCAGGAUCCAGCGGCCUGCGUCAGUGCCUCAGCACUGAUGUUACCUGCAGAGAAACCAGAAAUCACUCAGAAAACUUCAAAUGCGCUGUGUGAGCCGUCAUCCAGGCCCUUGGGAAGGCUUCCAUCAGGACGUGCUGUGAGUUCACUCACAAGGAGCCAGGUGCAGAGUGGCAGUGAUGAAUCUCAGGGCCAGGCCUCUACUCCACAGGGCCAAUCUGCACCCCAGGGCGUGACAGCUGCAGAUCAGGGGGAAUUUUUUUUUGAAGAGAAACCAGGGGAUGAGGUGCUGUUCUGUACUCCUGCAGACAUAAAGGAGAAGAGCCAGGACCCAACCACAGGGCAUCAGCAGACCUUGUCCGUCAGUGGCUCUGAAGUCAAGAAGGAGAAUGAGACACAGGGCACCAGGUGGAGGCCAGAGAGGUGGGAGAGUAGAGCAGUGGAGGAGGGGGCGUGCAAGGGGACAGAAGUGCCAGAGAGAAGGGGGAUGGAAGAGACGGAGAGAAGAGGGAUGGAGAAACAAGAGAGGGGCAACUCCUGCACCUCUCCUUUAAUGGUGCCGACAAAGGAGGCCACAAAAGGGGAUGAUCUGAAGGAGAGACUCGCCGGUGAAACACACUCAUAUAGCAGCUCCGGGCUGUUAUUACACACUGCUCAGUCCCCCACCAAGAGUGAGACCAGCGCUUUACACACUUUACAGGUCCAUGCACAGAGCAAGACCAGUGCUUCACACACUCUACAGGUCAAAGCCCAGAGUGAUACCAGCACCUUACACACUCUUCAGGUCAAUGUGCAAAGUGAGACCAGCACAUUACAGACUCCUCAGCCCCCAACCCAGAGUAAAACCAGCAUUUUACACACCGUAAACAUUCAUACUGUUAGCGAGACCAGCACUUUGCAUACCCUACAGAUCCACGCACAGAGUGAAACCAGCUCCUUACACACUCCUCAGCCCCCCACCCAAAGUGAAACCAGUUCUUUGCAAACCCUUCAAGCCCCUGCCAAUAGGGAGAGCAGGUUGCACGGAAUACACCAAGGCCAGUUAUCAGGACAUCAGGACUCCACAUCCUGUUCCAGAGAAUGGGGCAUACACAGGCCUCUGCUUCCCCAACCUUAUGUCCACAAGAGUCCCACCCCAGAGUCAUGCCCACUCUCCAUGAAUGCAGCCCCACUGACCAGUGGGGUGGGGGCAGUAACUCAAGCAGUGAGCUGUGGUAUGAGGGACAGCGCAGCUCAUCCUUUCCAGCCAAGGACCUUGUCAGCUCUGGGGAGCAGGCUCCACCGUGAGGGACUGAGAGGGACAACACACACCAGCUCCCGGAACGCCGACUGCAGACCAUCCCAGACUGUUACCUGUAGCAUCCCAGCGCGGUCAGAGCAGCCCAGCGCACUCCAUACCUUAUCCUCGGCCACAUACACGCAUCCGUUCCUCUCACACACCAGCACAACACACUGCUCUCUGUCUCUAAGCGUAAAGUCCAGUGAGGCACCUGUCAGAGCAGGGCAGAGCAGUCUGGAAGAGGCUGACACCAGCAGCAGUGACGAUGAAGGCAGACUGGUCAUUGAACUGUAAUAGCAGGUGAACACACAUACACACACACACAUACACACACACACAAACAAUUCAUGAGUCACAAAAUUUUCUCCAUCACUGUUUCUUUUCAUUUUUUUGUCACCCAGACAUAUACAUACACUCAUACUUUCUCUCACGCAUAUAAACCCCCCAGGCCAAAUGAGUCAGACCCAAUUCUGCACCUGUAUGUGUUUCGGCCAUAGCCAGGUCAGGGCACCUGGAGGAAGCUGGGGGACACAAGUCAUGCAGGAAUGCAUCCCAGUUCCAGACUUAUGUUUACUGGAGGUGAGUCAGCCUGACUGGGCACAGGAGAGAAGAUGACAGGAAAUCGUUGCGUGCCUGUGCAUUCCUGCAGCAGCUAUCAUUACAUAGUCAAUCAAUCCUCAAAUCUUAGCCAAAAGACAUCCUUGUGCUACGAGAAACAUGUUUUAUAGCGCCUUUUUAUGUUCGGUCUGAUGUCAGCUGCUCUAUCAGAGACUGUAAAAUUUCCACCUUAAACUGUACAAAAAGACGUAACUCAUGAAUGUACUGCUAUUUGUGGCCUUUAAAUUUCUG